AUGGCCUCCAACAAUGAACGUCUACCACCGCAGCCCAGUGUUUCCAGUGUCAAUGACGACGGGGACACGCGGCGACUUCAGCCAACCAUGAGCAAUUCGACAACUGAGGAUGGACGCUACCGGAGGCUAUCGGCGGCAUCAUCGAGUUCUCAACAGACAUCACAUAGUCUAGAUCCAUCCAGAUACCACCAAGCUCGCCAACCUAUAAAUGAUGCGGUCACUUCAGCCUUCAACACCGCCGACGCUACCUCUUCUGGCGGUUUCUCUCCCGAGUUGCUUCAACAGAUCACAUCACAGAUCACGGCGAAUGUUUUGCAGCAAUUGAAAGCCGCCAAUCUACCUCCGCCACCGCCUCCUGCUCAUCAGCCACCUCCGGCGGGCGCCCAGAUGGAUACCUCUUCGUCCGUUGCCGGCUCUCCGCCCUUGGAUCGAGCCACUGUCUACACUCCUCCCACUCCCAAUCGACUUUCCGAGGAUGCAGGUGUAAGUCAGCCAUCCCCUCAGUUUCCUCCGCCUUCCAGCCAGUCAUCCUUCCGGGCCCCAUCACCCGCCGCAGAUAGGAGGGCGGCCUCGCCUCUUAGUCAAACAGGUCAUCAAUCCGAGAACGACGCAAAUCAGAGCCGACCCAGAGGUCCCAAACGCAUGGGCACGCAUGAAGAUGCAACCAUACUGGAACGAAUAUGGGGGCAACUCUUCACGGAGCAGGGUGAGGCUACUCCUAGGCUGGGCCAAUUCUUGCGUGGAAUUGCUAUUCAUCUCAUCGAGGACUAUGAGCCCAAGCACAGCUUGGUCAUCACCCCAACAAAAAUGCAAAGAUACUAUGAGGAGACGAAGCUGGCCAAUGAGGUCUACCCUUGGAAGAUCAUAUUCGACGACAGAACUUCCUCAAUAUCUCGAAUGUUCAGAGAGAUCGAGGCCCAGCAUCACCUUGUCCAAGAAAAGUUGAACGAACGGCCAGACACUCCCGGGCUUACACCGCACGGCUUUGAAACCUGGGCAACCUUGCUCUUAAAGGCACAUCCCGAUCAAGAGUAUGAGCGACUGGCAAAGACGGCGUUAGACAUGCCCAUCAGCAACCCUGAUGAGAAGAAAGAGCGGUUCCCAAAAGAACUUUCUAGGCGGCUUUUCCCCAAGCACGGCGACACCGAGGUCGCGUAUAGGCUUCAGAAGGCCAUGUCGACGCACUGCAAUGUUAGCUUUGCUCGCCACACCAGCACGGCAGAUUCCACUUCCCGGACGUCUGCGGCGACGUCAACUGCGAACAUCGUAGCCGAUGAUUCAUCCACCAAAACGAACUUGAAGCCUCAAACAGACAAGCCAGACAAUGCCAGCAAUCAGGUUCAAGCCAGUCCUGUACUAUCUCAGGCUAGCAUUGAACGUCAACGCCAGCCAUACGGCGGGUCGCGCCAGGAAAGCGUUAAUGGUGACGUCGCAGAUGAGAGCACGGACGGCAGUUUCGCUCCACAGCCAAUCGAGCGAGAGAGAAAGCCAUACGUCGCUGCGCCCGGUGGCGGAAAGACUUACGAUAAUAUCGACCGACCAGCUGCCGCGCCCGAGAACAAACCAGGGCCUCCUCCCCAAGAACCUAAGCUAGCACGUUCAAGUUCUGUCAACGCAACUAGCAGGGUAACCGACGGCCCACGAUCCGGACAGCCACCUAUCGCCCUUCAUCAAAGACCACCGCCUGCAGCAACGGAAAUCCAGGAUUCUCGCCGUCACCGCUCCAGCAGUAUCUAUCACAAAGACCCUGCCCAAACGAAACGCAACCGUUCACCCUCCAUGACAAAAGAAACCGGUGCCUCUUCACACGUGAGGAAGGCGGACCCAGAUGCCUCCUACAUGUCUUCUUCGCAUCAUUCUGAUCACCACGACGAUGCAAGACGGUACAGAGAAUAUGAAGCCGGGCGCGAACGUCUGGCUAACGACCGCUACGACGCCGCCAGAAUGUCGGCAUAUGACCCUCGCGAACGUGAACGAGAACGGGACCGGGAUCGAGACCGAGACGGUCGACCACGCAUGCCAUCUGUUUCGAACGUCGGCCUCGGCUUGGUUGAUGGUCCACGAAGUCCGACGCUGCGCACCAAUACAGGGCCGACAUUGUAUUCCAGUUCUUUGCCUAGUGCUGCUGCGGAUGAAGACUAUUACCUCAACCGCACACACGCGGGCGGCGCCCCUCCUCCUGGUAAAGGCUACAGCCCACCGUCCUCGAUCAGCACUGGCUUUCAACCUCCACCCCCACCACCGCCUCCCCAAAUGAUGAGGGAACCGUCAAGCACGGCAAGCAGAGACUCGGGAUAUCAGGCAUAUCCGAUCAACCCGGGCUACCCCCCUACAAGUUACCGAGAUAUGCGGUAG